AUGGAAAUUCAACGGGAAACAUCAAUCGAGCUUGCUUCUUCUAUCUUAAACCGUUGUAUUUCUCUGAUAUUCCUUGUCAUUCCAAGUUCUAAGCUCAAUUUAGGUGCUCUUGGUCUACAUUUUAUCUCUCAUGUUUCAUUGCUCAACUCAUCAAUUAUUUUCAACAAUCUGUUUGCGUUACAGUAUAACAGUUUCAGUCGCUCAUCCACUGACCCGAAACGCACCGCUGCACAACAGACGACUCCCUCUACUGAUUCCCUAUUGACCACUUUCUACUCGCGCUCUCGUUUACAUCAUUUGUCAGCUUGGACCAAUGACUUGCGUGCAUUGGUUCAGAGGCUCCGUCAAGUCAACAGUUCUGAAGCAGCAUGUCGUGAAGGGGCUACCUGGAGGCAGUCCAUACUAGAGACAAAUGAUCCUUCUUACUUUGUGAAUUUAGAAGCGCGACCUGCGUGUUCUUCACCGAAACAGGGGAAACCUCCAUCACUCCCUGCACGAACGUUCUUUCACAUUGAUCUCGACUGUUUCUUCGUAUCCGUCGCUGUUCGCGAAAAACCUGAACUGAAAGACAAAGCCAUCGCGAUAGCGCAUACAACUGGGACUGGUACAUACGAGAACGCGAGUGAACGUGGUUUUCACUCAAUGUCCGAAAUUGCUUCCUGUUCUUAUGCUGCUCGAAAAGCUGGGGUGCGUAACGGGAUGUUACUUGGUCAAGCACGACAGAUUUGUCCAGAUUUACUUACAUUACCUUAUGACUUCGAAGCGUAUAAGGAGGUCUCCGAGCAACUGUAUAGAACCAUUGCAGAGUAA